GUUUAUAAAUACAGAUAAAUUAAGUAAACUCGUAACAACUGGAAGACUUCACGAUCAUGUGGUGUUAUUGAAGUUUCCUUUUCUAUGAUUCAAUUCUGGAUUUAGUACCGCAACCCUAUAUAAAAACAUUGCUUUAAGUCGAUUCAUGAUAAAAUAAAACGAACACAAAGUAAGUGGACGUUUGUCGUUAAUAGUUUUUAAAUUAAACUGUAAUUAUUUUUUUUAAUUAAACCGUAAUUGUAUUUUUAAAUUACAUCGACUUUAAUUUUGUCCGCGUUUAUACGACUGUAGAAUAUUUGCAUCCAAGGGAAGAUACAGAAGAUACUGACUAUAGUUGUUUUCAAUUCAAAACAAUUACUAACUAUUGUGUUGAGAUAUAACAUUAUGGAUUGUAGAUUACUGUGCUAGCUGCUUAACCUUUUAACCGGAAGAUGACAUCUCACGCAUUGUGGUGGACAAAAAGAGGAGUUUUGUUUUUCUUUUGUUUCAUAGAUUUAUUGAAGCUUUCGACAGCGUACAGUGUUAGUGAUGCAAAUAAUAUUCACAACUUGUUAUUUAACCAGUCUGGUUACAAUACAUUGGUACUGCCAGACUAUCCGGUUAAUGUUAGUGUAGAAUACAACUUGCUGACUGUUAAUUCAUUGGAUCUAAAGUCACAGACAUUGUCUACAUCAGGAUGGUUUACCGUGGUAUGGAAUGAUAGCCGCUUGGCCUGGACAACAUCAUCUUAUGGAAAUAUUGAACAUAUAUAUGCAACCGAAGACAUAGUUUGGCAUCCUGAAUUGAUUGUGCAGAAUUCUAUUACAGAAUUAAGUAAUCUUGGUGAUGAUACGACAGUCCGAAUACAAUAUGACGGAGAAGUACGAUGGGAACUACCCGCCGUUUUAUCAACGUCAUGUGACAUGGAUGUCACGUACUUCCCAUAUGACAGCCAAACUUGUGACAUAGAAGUAGCUAGCUGGGGAUUUCAUACAGAUGCUGUUAAAUUAAUAUUCCUGAAAACGAAUUUGAAUUUACAAGACUACAGAACAAAUGGAGAAUUUGACCUUGUAACAACUUCUCAGCACUCAUCAGAAUUAAUUGAAGACGGCCUGGCAUAUUCGGAACUUUUGUUCCGAAUAGUGUUUGAGAGGCUUCCGGGUCAUUACAUAAUGAGUGUUAUAUUUCCAGUCAUUAUUACUGCCGUAUUAACAUCCGUUACAUUUAUUCUACCUGUUGAAUCUGGAGAAAAGGUCGGAUAUAUUUUGACAGUUUUGCUUGCUCUGGCUGUUUUAUUGACGUUAUUUGCAGACAAUAUGCCUACAACAUCAAAACAUACUUCAGUUUUAGUGGUAUUUCUUACCGUUACAUUAGGAUUGGCCUCUGUUGUGAUUAUCAUUACGAUAUUAAUCAUAAGACUCUAUCAUAAACCAGACCACUACAUUGCCCCAAACUGGAUUCACUCUUUGGUUAGAAACUUUCAGAAGUCACGAUGCAGCUCCGCUAGUAUAAAUCAUCUUGAUAAAAGUGCGGUUACUGAAAAUAACCCAGCGACCGACAGGUCUAACUGGAACGAAAAAAACAGUAAUUUGGACAAUAUUAAACCGUAUACACAUUACAGCAACAAGGAACUAGCAGAAUUCUUUGAUAAUUUCUUUUUUGUGGUAUUUACAGUUUUAUAUAUUUUGGUAACCCUUUGUUUCACAAUAACAUUGAGUGCUGCAGAAUGAUGGAGGAAGAACAUUAAAUACAAAACAUGUUUCAGUUAAUCGUCAAUUUAGUUUUAACAGCUAUUGUUUUUACUAGUAUAGGCAAGAUCAGUGUCGUAUCACUAUUCAUCAUUGUAUAACAUAACGUGGAAUGCACAACUAAUUACUGCAAAUAAAAUUACUGGUAUUCGUUAUCAAAUUCCUUUGAAAAAGCCUUGUAGGUUAAACAUGAAAUUAACAUACUUCAAUUUGUUGCCUUCGAAGCGCUUUUCAAG